AUGACCACACAACAAAUCGCCAACCGCGCAUACGGUACCGUCCCAGCCAAUGUCGUCAAACGCGCGGUCGCUUCGCGUCUCGUCUACGCGUUGCAGCCGUCGUUGGUGAACUUCAGCGGACGACUACCGUCCCCCUACGAACCGAACGAACGCCACCCAGCGCACAUCGCGGGCGUCAACGCACUCACCAUCGACCGCUUCGACGGACGCUAUCUGCUUUCGGGCGGCGCAGAUUCGUCAAUCGCGCUAUGGGAUCUCGAGGCGCAGCCCAUGGUCGCGGAAGGGUACCCCACGUAUGCACCGCUCACGGCUGUAAGCAAGACGGCAGAAGAGCACAAGCUCGGCAUUACACAAAUCUCGUUCUACCCAUUCGAUAGCCUGGCGUUCCUCACUUCAUCGUACGACCACACAGUCAAGCUCUACUCGAGCGAAACCCUUGCGCCAUCCGCUUCCUUUGAUCUCGAUAGCGUCGUUUACAAUAUCGCGCUUUCGCCCAUUGCAUCGCACCUGCUGGUCGCAUGCGCAACCCAACACCCCACUGUGCGUCUCGUAGAUCUGCGCUCCGGUGCGAGUACACAUUCACUCGCCGGCCAUUCGGGUGCCAUUCUCAGCACAGCUUGGAGCCCUACCCGCGAACACAUACUUGCCAGUGGGGCGACCGACGGCAGCGUGCGCUUCUGGGACGUCCGUCGUAGCGUGAGCGAGCUCGGCUCCUUAGACAUGGAAGAUUCCAUUGGUGUACUUGGCAAGCCUUCUGCGUCGUUCAUGCGCAACUCUGUACAAGGCAAGGCGCACCGAGGCCCCGUUAAUGGCAUCGUUUGGACUGACGAUGGAUAUCAUCUGGUAACAUGUGGACACGAUCAACGUAUCCGCGUCUGGAAUACAGACACUGGCGCAAACACGCUUGCGAAUUUCGGACCCAUGGUCAAGAACUCAGAUCUUGCGCCGUGCAUACCUCUCCUCGCACCUACAGAAUAUUUACAACCAGAGAAGGACAUCCUAUUCUAUCCGAAUGAGCACGAGAUCAUGGGGUACGAGCUAUUCGACGGUAGACUCUUUCGCCGCCUGCGCCGCCCAGAGCAGCAAAGGCGCGUACAUGACGCCCGUAGUAAAGGACAGCGCAACGGCAAAGACAGAAUCACAGCGUUAGCAUGGCGUGCGCAUGACGUUGAGAUGUACUCUGCGCACGCGGAUGGCAGUAUCUCAGCGUGGAUACCUCGGACAGAGGAAGACGCUGAACUGGACGAAGAGGCGGAGGAAGAGCACGAGGCUAAAAACGAGAGUAGAAAGAGAAAGAGAGGAGUCCUGGACGAGAUCUACCAGGACUUGACAAAAAGGCCAAUCACAUUUGGAGGAUUAUGA